CCCCCCUCCCCCCCUGUAACUGCAUCGUCGACGUUUUGUCGCCCCGCCGCUCGAACCGGGACUUGCGCUACUGGAUUGGGCGUCCAGAGGGUCCUAUUUUGUUGCAUUCGGUGCGUUUAGUUGCGGUGUCGUGCAGGCCCCUUGCAGAUUAAGUUGGUGUAUUAGUCGCGGUGUGUCUUGCUUGCGGUUGGUUUCCAUUGAGGUCGUGGUGAGGUCGAGUUCUUGCAAGAAAAUGCGUGGUAGAAAUAUUGAGAUCGAACGAGUGUGUGGGUUUUACCGGCUGCAGUACUGAUUUUGUGACGUAGUGCGAUCAAGAUGCCGGCUCCAGUGGUUGACGAUGAGUACAAGACGUGUAUAGAGAAGGCUCGCCGGGACCUACGAGCUUUCAUAGCUGAGAAGAACUGUGCUCCUCUCAUGCUCCGCCUUGCGUGGCAUGAUGCUGGCACGUAUGACGCAAGCACUAGGACUGGAGGUCCGAACGGUUCCAUUCGUAGCGAGCGCGAGUAUACCCAUGGAGCAAACAAUGGCCUUAAAAUUGCCAUAGAUUUUUGCGAAGCCAUGAAAUCGAAGUACCCUGUCAUCACAUACGCGGAUCUUUACCAGCUCGCAGGCGUGGUGGCUGUUGAAGUAACUGGAGGUCCAACUAUUGAGUUUGUUGCUGGGCGCAAGGAUUCAGUUGCCACUCCACCCGAAGGGAGAUUGCCCGAUGCCAAAAAAGGACCCUCGCAUCUGAAAGAUAUCUUCUAUCGCAUGGGACUGUCCGACAGAGACAUAGUUGCUUUGUCUGGGGGUCACACUUUGGGAAGAGCUCACAAGGAUAGAUCUGGAUUUGAAGGUCCAUGGACAUCCAACCCACUCAAAUUUGACAACACUUACUUUCAGGAAUUACUGAGGGGAGGGUCAGAUGGCCUCUUGCUCUUGCCCACAGACAAGGCAUUAUUGGAGGACCCUGCUUUUAAGCCAUGGGUGGAGCUUUAUGCCAGGGAUGAGGAUGCUUUCUUCCGUGAUUAUGCUGUAUCUCAUAAGAAGCUAUCUGAGUUGGGCUGCAAAGACACCUCUCCUGCUUUCUCAACUCAGUCUGCCAACAGCAAAUCAGCGGUAGAAGCUUAUCAAAGUUCAACUGCCGUCCUUGGACAAGCUGCCGUUGGUGUGGGAGUUGCAGCUGCGGUUGUCGUGCUAAGUUACAUCUACGAGGCCAAGCGCAAAAUCCUCAAGUAAACUGGAAAUAUUUGUAGAAACGAUGAAAAAGUCGGACAUUUGUUCAUCUUUCAAUGCUUCAAAUGCAUGAAGCUCUGGAGAUUGUUGAAUUUGACCGAAGGUGAGCUUAUGCUAAAAGACAGGCGCGUUUUAGUCGUACUUGCAGCGGAGACACAAAUUAUACUACGGAGGUGGUGGUACACCUCAAAGUACAUAUUCUGCGCGUUUUAUGGUAGUCAUUGUGAUGUCCUGCUGGGAGUUCUGAUGUCAUGGUGCUUAGAAUACUUCGAAGUUGAGUCCAGGAGAUGAAGAAUCUCAAAAUUAUUCUUAGCAUUGUCUACAUGUUUUCUAAUAUUUGCUACUCUAAUGACAAGGCAGUUGUGCCAAUAUUUGUCUGACUAA